AUGCUUUUCCUUCAACUACUUUCCGUCUCGCUUGCAACUGCCAGUCCUCCUAUGGUAAAGGCUGAGGACGGAGCCAACUUUAUCCAACACAAGUGGAAUCAAAACCUGUCGCACAUCACGACUGGUUUCAUCAAUAAUUCGCCAUCUCAGAACUUCGUUCGAGUUGAUGAAGCCUUCAACGGUAGUCUGGCCUCGUCCUUCUUCAAUUACGCCAACUCUACCAAGGAAGGGCUGGUGGACAACACUAUGACCACAUUUGGUCACAAAUCUAACGAGCCAACUAUAUGGAAGGGAUUCGUCAACUCAAACUUCCCUUUGUUUCCUGAAGACAUACUAGUCAAAAACGGUGCUGUUUUUGGCGGACUGGUUCGGCGACAGUUCAAUGAGGACCUUGUAGCAACUUGGAAUAUUAUGUACCAGGGAGUUGUUCCUGUCACAAUCUACGUGAGCAACUGCAAUAUCAUGGUUGGUUACGACUAUUUUUCUCCAGUAUUGCGUACCAGAGUUAUUACUGAAUACUUCAACAUCCAAGCCUAA